AUGGUUGGGUUUAUAAAAAUUAAAAAUUAUUCAGUCAAUAAAUAUAUUUCAUAUACUAUAAAUAUAGUUGUAAUAAUUUUUAUAUUAUUAUCAAUUUUUAUAACCCCAGAACCAUUAAAAAAAAACAAUGUAGAGAAUCUUUCGAAUAGAUUAAAAGAUAUUUCAUUUCUUGACUUAUCACCAGAUAUCAAUCAUGGAUACACAAUGUUAUCAAAAUUAAUACCAAAAGUAUCAGAUUCUUUAAAUGGAUUGUAUUCUCAUACUAUUAAAGACCAAAUUAUUUCAGAGAUUGAAAAAUUAGAUGCAUUAAUUGAAAAAUCUAUUGAUAAAUCCGAUAUCAAAAGAAAAAAAUUUUUGAAAAAUUUAAAAAAACCUAUUUUAACAAUAAAAGAUUCUUUGGUUGGAUAUCAGCUUCAAAACAUCGAGUAUAUGAAAGAAAGGUUUCAUAAAGGUGUUGAAAAAGCUUUAAAGGAAAUACCAAAAAGGGAAAAUCUUAUUGAAAAACUCUAUAACGAAAUUCCUCAAAGUAUUCAUUUCUUAUUAUGUAGCAUUGGUAUAAAAUUAUUUUUUUCUGUUAUUUUUAUCGUGGUGGCUUUCCAGUUGGCAAUUACAAUUGUAGAUAAUGAUUACCCAAAUAUAAAAUACCUUUAUCUUACUUUUUGUAUAGUGUAUUUUAUUAUUUCAAUACAACUCAACCACAGAUCAGCUAUUUUAUUUCAAUUUUCAUCUGGGAUGUUACCACUCUUCUAUUUUAGAUUUAAAAACAAUAAAAAAAUACUAGGUAUACUUGCUGUUAUCACUGCUCUCCUUUUAAAUUUUUAUAAAUUAGAUCUCUUUGAAAAAUGGUAUGAUAGUUUAACUUACAAAGAAGAUUUAACCAAAGCCACUGUUUGUCCAAUAGUGUCAUUCCAACUAUUGAAGUUUCAUAAUGAUAAAUUUUAUGUUCCAGAAUUCACUUCCAACUUGUUGAAAGAUUUAACAUCACCGCUUUAUAUCCAUUCGGAAAUUGGUAGCUAUAUUUACAAAACUACAAGAUCAAGUUUAUAUACAAUAAUGUUGCUAAAAGAAGAGAUUAAAAACAGUUGCGAUAUUAACUUUUCUCCAAUGAAUCCUUUUGCAUCAAAUAUAUUGGGCACGGAUUAUAGAUUGACACAUGGAAUUUGGGCCUAUCAGGUUAAAAUAUCAGAUAUUAAUUUAGAAAACCUAUCGUCAGAUUUAAAAAUUUCUUUAGAACGACUAAAUCCCGAUGGUACAAUAAUAUUUCUGGAUAGUGAAAACUAUGAUGAUAAAGCGAACCAAGAAGACAUGGUAAUUAUCGAAGAUAUUUUAAUAUCAAUUGUAUCCUCGUUUUCAUAUUCAGAGUAUUUCCGAUAUCCUCAAGAUUUAAACACUUUUUUUGGUAUAAAACCAUCUCCAAUAGAAAAAUUAUAUGCACUUGUCAAUGGAAAAUUUAGUUCCCCUUUAAUAUUUUCGUCAGAUUCUUUCGAAAGGAAUCUUUGGCUAUAUUCCAUAGCUAAAGGUGAAAUAGAUCUUGAACCCUUUGAAAUAUUCUAUUCCAAUUUAAAUGAAGAUAAAACUGGAGAAUACGACAAAAAUGUUAAAAUAAUCAAAAAUGAUUGGGGUAAAAACAUCAACUCUUCAGUAAUAUUACCUGCAACCUCAGAAGAAUUCAAACUAUUCCAAAAACUUCCCUUUUCUUCCACUAUACCCGAACUUAGUAUAACCUACUCCAACUCAAAUCAUACCUUACCCAAGGUUAUAAAUAACCUAUCAAUUAAAUUUUACAAAGAAAAAGAACUCAAUGGAUCCGAUAUUUUAAACAUCAUAAAUGAUACUUUGGAAUUUUUCCAAAAAAAAUAA